CCGUUGUACGCUGUGCGUGUGUCUGCCCUCACUGACUGUGAACCGCAGACGUAAGCCGGUCGCUGUGUUUUUUCCCUCCACUAAAAGUGCGAUAAGACAGGACAAGAAAGAGGGACAUGGGGGAAAGAUUUGUGGUGGUCCCGGUUGACGGAGGAGGGGGUGUCACCGGGGAGAGGGAGCACUCCGACGCGGUUGUUGCUGACCCGGCACCGGACACCGGCGGCAGCAGCAGCAGCGGUGGCACAGUGGAGGAAAAAGAGGCGGGGGAGGACUCUGUGUUCGAGCCGCAGGACCCCAACGUUGUGGUGCCUAUCUUGGAGUACAACAGAGAGCCCAACAAGUACGGUGAUGGUGUUCCAAAGGAAAACAGUCCCUUCAUCAACAACACAGACAAUGACAAAGGCAACAGCUACGAUGGCACCAAUAUGGCUCUUUUUGAGGAGGAAAUGGACAGCAACCCAAUGGUGUCAUCUCUCCUCAAUAAACUGGCAAAUUACACCAAUCUCACCCAGGGGGCCCAGGAGCACGAGGAAGCUGAUGAUGAUGAGGGGCCCAAGAAGAAAGCUGUUAAGAGCCCACAGAUGGGGACCUUCAUGGGUGUCUACCUCCCCUGCCUCCAGAAUAUUCUGGGGGUCAUCCUGUUUCUGCGCCUUACCUGGAUUGUUGGCACUGCUGGCAUCUUGGAGUCCCUGGCUAUUGUUGGCUUGUGCUGCUCUUGUACAAUGCUGACAGCCAUAUCCAUGAGUGCAAUCGCUACUAAUGGUGUUGUGCCAGCUGGAGGUUCCUACUAUAUGAUUUCCAGAUCUCUUGGCCCAGAGUUUGGGGGAGCUGUAGGUCUCUGUUUCUACCUGGGGACAACCUUUGCUGGCUCCAUGUACAUCCUGGGUACUAUAGAGAUUCUACUGACCUACAUUGUGCCUAAAGCAGCCAUCUUUGUGGCAGAGAGAAAGGAGGAUGAGGUUGAUGCCCUGCUGAAUAACAUGCGUGUUUAUGGCACGUGCUGCCUAGCACUGAUGGCUGUGGUCGUCUUUGUGGGGGUGAAAUAUGUCAACAAGCUAGCUUUAGUCUUCCUGGCUUGUGUCAUUCUCUCAAUCCUCGCCAUCUAUGCUGGAGUCAUUAAGACCAUUUUUGAGCCACCAGACUUUCCUGUUUGCAUGUUGGGAAAUCGUACUCUGCAGAACCACAACUUUGACAAGUGUCUUAAGACAGAGAUUAUAGACAAUGUGACGGUCACUACCAAGCUGUGGAAGCUGUUCUGUAAGGGGUCUGAGCUCAAUGCCACCUGCAAUGAAUAUUUUGCCAACAACAAUGUUACUCUGGUGCAGGGCAUCCCCGGGCUGACCAGCGGAGUCAUUUCAGAAAAUAUGUGGUCAGAGUAUGGUCCUCUGAAUAUGUUGGUAGAAAACAAGAAGUUGCCAUCUCUUGGAGGAAGUGACCCUGCCAAGGACAUCUACAUGCCAUAUGUAGUCAAUGAUAUCACCACCUUCUUCACACUGCUGGUCGGCAUCUACUUCCCCUCUGUCACUGGUAUCAUGGCUGGUUCAAACCGGUCAGGUGACUUGAGGGAUGCCCAGAAGUCCAUCCCCAUAGGGACAAUCCUGGCUAUUGCUACCACCUCCGUCAUCUACAUCACCUGUGUGGUUCUGUUUGGUGCUUGCAUUGAGGGAGUUUUGCUGCGAGACAAAUUUGGUGACUCAGUGAAAGGAAACCUUGUCAUAGGCACAUUAUCAUGGCCUUCACCCUGGGUUAUUGUGAUUGGCUCCUUCUUCUCCUGCUGCGGGGCGGGGCUACAGAGUUUGACUGGUGCUCCACGUCUGCUGCAGGCCAUCGCACGAGAUGGCAUUGUACCUUUCUUACAGGUGUUUGGCCAUGGGAAAGCUAAUGGAGAACCUACUUGGGCUCUGCUGCUGACUGCUGCGAUCUGUGAGAUCGGCAUCCUCAUUGCCUCACUGGACUCUGUGGCUCCUAUCCUCUCCAUGUUCUUCCUCAUGUGCUACCUGUUUGUCAACCUGGCCUGUGCUGUUCAGACCCUGCUGCGAACGCCCAACUGGAGACCACGCUUCAAAUACUACCACUGGGCUCUGUCCUUCCUGGGAAUGAGCUUGUGCCUUGCUCUCAUGUUCAUCUCCUCCUGGUAUUAUGCCAUUGUUGCCAUGGCCAUUGCUUCUUGCAUCUACAAAUACAUUGAAUACAGAGGGGCAGAGAAAGAAUGGGGUGAUGGCAUCCGUGGUCUGUCUCUUAACGCAGCCCGCUAUGCCCUCAUUCGCCUUGAGGAGGCACCACCACACACCAAGAACUGGAGGCCUCAGUUGUUGGUGCUCCUGAACCUGGACUCAGAUCAAGGAGUCAAACACCCUCGUCUGCUGUCCUUCACCACUCAGCUGAAGGCAGGAAAAGGCCUGACGAUAGUGGGAAAUGUUUUAGAAGGAACAUAUCUCACGAAAGAGACAGAGUCCAAGAGGGCUGAGCAGAACAUCAAGGCCUCCAUGUCAGCAGAGCGGACCAAGGGUUUCUGUCAUGUUGUGGUGUCUUCAAACCUCAGAGAUGGCUUCUCCCACCUCAUCCAGUCUGCAGGGCUGGGAGGCAUGAAGCACAACACAGUCCUAAUGGCCUGGCCUGGGACCUGGAGGCAGUCCAAUGACCCGCAGUCAUGGAGGAAUUUCAUAGAGACCGUGCGGGAGACCACAGCCGCCCAUCAGGCCUUACUUGUGGCUAAGAAUGUAGACAGUUUCCCCACCAACCAGGACCGCCUGGGGGAGGGCACCAUUGAUGUGUGGUGGGUGGUACAUGAUGGAGGCAUGCUGAUGUUGCUGCCCUUCCUGCUGCGACAGCACAAGGUGUGGAGGAAAUGUAAGAUGCGUAUCUUCACUGUGGCCCAGAUGGAUGACAACAGCAUCCAAAUGAAGAAAGAUCUCCAGAUGUUCCUAUACCACCUGCGACUGGAUGCAGAGGUGGAGGUGGUGGAGAUGCAUGAUAAUGACAUCUCAGCCUUCACUUAUGAGAAGACUCUGGUGAUGGAGCAGAGGACUCAGAUGCUGAAACAGAUGCAACUGUCCAGGACUGAGCGGGAGAGAGAGAUUCAGAGUAUCACUGAUGAAUCGCGUAGUUCAAUCCGGAGGAAGAACCAGGGCGCUGCCCAGAGCACAAACCUCAGCCGGCAGUCCUCAUCGGUGGAGGACACUCAGGAGGAUGAGGCCCAGCUCAUCCAUGACAGGAACACAGCUUCUCAUGCUACAAUAAAUGACAAGGCUGACACUGGGCCUGAGCGGGUUCACAUGACUUGGACCAAGGAUAAACUGUUCACAGAGCGUAGUCGUAACCGCGAGUGCAAUGCCAACGUGGCUGUGCGUGACCUGUUUAACAUGAAACCAGAGUGGGAGAGUCUGAACCAGUCUAAUGUUCGUCGGAUGCACACAGCUGUCAAGCUGAACGAGGUGGUGGUGAACAAGUCACAGGGAGCUCACCUGGUUCUGCUUAAUAUGCCUGGACCACCUAGGAACAGAGGAGGAGAUGAAAACUACAUGGAGUUCCUGGAGGUUCUCCUCGAGGGUCUGAACCGGGUCCUUCUGGUGCGAGGUGGUGGCCGUGAAGUCAUCACCAUCUACUCUUAAAAGAAAAACUCUUAUGCCCCGCACUGCACACAUGGGCUAUUGCCAUGGAUACCGGUCACCGGGCAUUUUUGGGGAAGAAUCCAAACUGGGUUUUUAUGAAGGGCGGGGGUUGUUGGAAGGCGGGACCACUUGUGAUUGACUGAUGGUCUGCUGGACCGGAGGAUGAAGAAAACCGUGUUGAAUCGGCUGACGCUGAGAGAACAAGCACAGUGAGUCCACGCUGGGCCACAGAACCCCUGCACAUGGAAGAUAGAGCAUAGAGACACUUUAUAUUUUUCAUUUAACUCUGAAAACGUUGUUCUGUUCUGUUACAUUUUCAUAUUCUUUCCCUUGUGUUGAUGUUGUCGAGUUACUGGCAGCUCACUGUGUAAAGAUAAGCAAAGAAGUGAACGUGUGCUAUUGAUAUGAACCUCGUAGUCUUUCAUGUUGUCUGGUGUACUUGACUCUGGGAGGUCAGAGAUGUUGGCUGAACCUGAGAAAAAGAUGACAAGUUGUACAACGGAUUUGAGCUCAGUUUCAAACAAGUAAAUCUAAACAGAAAGGUAGAAAAUCAUCUCUCAAUGCUCUGCUGCAGAAAGCUCACUCAUAACAGCACAUACUGAAUGUUUAAUAUCAAAUACAGUUUGCUGAUCUAUGUGAUCUGCAUCACCAUUUGUACUUAAAUGUUCAGAAUAACUUCUCAGAAACUGUUUUUCAGUCUGAACUGCAGAAAGCACAUACAGUCUGUUUAGAAGCUGUUAAACCUCCUGGUUAGGUUGUAGACUCUUUAAUGUUGCAGAACGAGGGUUGGCUCAGGCCUGUAGGUGAAAGGACUUCCUUAAAGCCGUAGUGUUGUCGCUCUGUCGUUGUUUGCCUUGUCAAUGAUUUAGUGAAGGACCAGCCAGGAGGAUGUUGGACAUAACCAGAUGUGGGAUCAUCUUCUGUUGUGUGGGUGUGAGCCUUUAAGAUAUCAGGUACUGAUACUUGAUCAUUGGUUAUCAAUCCCCACCCUCAAAUAAUGCUGUUAUUUUAAUAGGGAAAAUAGCCAUUGUUAAUAUUCAAGGACUCUGUGAGCUUUAUAGUAUAACAUAUUAAAUGCACAUGUAUAUGUAUGGUGUUCAAAGUAGUGCUCUGUUGGGAAUGACUGUAGAUUUUUUUUAAAUAUAAGGGCUGUUUGACAGCAUACAGUAGCUCAAUAAAUUGGUAGAUUGGUAGGCUCGUUGGUUCCACAUUAGAUCUUAAAAUUGCCUUUCAGAAAUGUUGGCAUUUAACAAAUUCUACUUUUUGAAAUAUAAAAGCACAAAUUGACACAUGUGAAUUAGUGUAAUUCAGAUUUGUUUUACAUGGUUUCAUCCCAUAUUGAACUAAUAGUGAUGUAGUUACAGCACUGUCAACUUUGCACUACCAGUCUUUCAGCACUUAAAUCAUUGUGUACUCUCACUCAGUUCUGUUGCUUACAGUGACACUUUCUACUGGUUAAUACACCACUACAUUCAGACAGCAAGAAAUUCCGUACUAUUUAAUGCUCAUGUUUCAAUGUUGUUACAAUGUUUUUAUAAUAUUUUACCAAACACAGAUCUUUAGGCUUUGAGUCCCAGACUGAGCAGAUUAAUUGUUCUGAGCAUGUGUAGAAGAAAAAGUGCCAAAAUGACUACGAAAAGAAACUGUGGAAGUAUUACUAAUGCUGCUUCUAGCAUGGACAUACUGUAGCUACUGCUUUUUACAUUGACAAUGGAAACCCUGACAAUUAAAGCACAAUCAUUUUUUUAUGAUAGAGCUCAUCCUUUCUGCCAUAAUCCUUUUAAAAAUCUGUAAAUAAAUGACUGACUAAACACAGCAGAUAGUGUGAUUUCCCGGGCAUCUCAAACCUUGCAACCUGGGCUAACUGCUGCGAAAAGAAUCACUUUUGGUUAAAGGGAAAGAAGGAAAACUGAUACAACCCUUUCACACACGUACCUCCACAGUUUCUUUUCAUAAUUAGCCCUGCAGUAUUUUGUAAAGCAGAAAGUGAUGUUUUCCUGCAGUUCUCUGUGGGGAAAUGUGAACUUCUGAUUGUCAGUUAUGCAACAUCUGUGUUUUGUUGUGUUUUGUUCAGUUGUUGAUGUAUGUCUGUGUAACUAUAUAGUUAUGGUCUCUGUAGUGUUUGUUACAUUAUAACUGAUCUUCUGUUACUUUAAGUGUUAAUUUUCAGUGUGAUUUAUUUUUUUCUGGAAGGAGGCAGAGAGAGGAGGUAUGUGCGAUGACGGCAACAGUUGUCAAGUUUUUUUGUUUUGUUUCAACCCACCAGAAACACAACAUGCACACAACACACAGGACUGAAGACCCCUCAUGAUACAGUGGGACCCUGGACUGAAAGUAUUAAGACACUCGAAUGGAGCUACCAGGGUAAAAAUGAAUGGUUUCAAUAAUUAUCAUUCACUAUAUGAAGUCCAGACUCUUUCAGUUUAUUUGUUCCAUUUUUUUGUUUUAGCCAUUAAAGAUAAAUACACAGUUCUGCAUAAAUAAACCUGAAUUUGUCUAGUUUUAAGAAGUUUGAAACAUUGAAAGUUGUAAAGGUAAAUUAUUAAAGAAGUUUCUUUUUAUUUUAAUUUGGUUACUGAGCUGAAUAGCAGUUGCUGUACAUAAAGAAAACAAACUACAUAAAACCUUAAACAGAAGAUGCUAAAUAAAAAAGAAAAAUAUGUUUCUGGAGGUAAAUAGGAUUGUCAGCAGUGUGUGUUUCACAGCUCUAAUGUUUGAGGUGACUGGAGAAUGUUAUCUACCUCACGUUAUCACUGAGGCUCAGCUGAAGAAAUAAAAACUUGUUCAAUCACAUCUCUCUUUCAGAACUGAUGUUAUAUAUGGAUUUAUGAAAGGAAAAAUAAAGCCUCUGCCAUGUGAGAGGACCAGCAGAGUAGUGUACGUGUGUGUGUGUGAGAGAGCGUGUUCUUGUGAAUACCAUAAUAAGGUGAAGCUGUGUGUGUUUCUGUUGUUGUCCAGCUCAGCUGGAAGGUCUCAAAGGCUGGAACAGGAGGUCACUUGUGGAUGCACAUGUAGAGGAAGGUAGCCCUGUAAAUUGUAUUCGUGCCUCUCUGAGUAAUUAUUAAAGUGCUGAAAUAAACCAAAA